GCGGCAACUACUCGACCAAUAUUGAUAUUGUGUACGUUUUGUGGAGAAAUGAGAAAAUGGAUGGUUUUAUUAAUUCAAAGAUAGAAAAACAAACGAUAUAUGAGAUAUAUCGAGCAUGUCGUCUUUGUGGUGCCGGUGCUGGCUACAAAAUGCCUAUAAUUCAGAAUGUUGUCAACUUGGACGGUGCCGAAGUGGAACUCAAGCAGAAAAUACGCGAAUGUGUUCAAAUAGAGGUCCAUCAAGACGACAAAAUGCCACCAUUAAUAUGCGAAUUAUGCGUUGAUAAAGUUAACGAUUUCUAUGAAUUCCUGGAAAUGUGCAGACAUACAAACAAACGGACUAGGUUGAGACUGGGCUUGCCUCCACAGUCACUGCAUAGAGGAGUGGUAAGGCCGGACGCUGGUGAUUGCAUACUCGGAGUUACAGAACCUGUAUUCAUCAAUGAAGAUUCAAGUGAUCAUUCCUCGAGGUCGAGAAAUAAAUCGAGUAAGAGUAGCAAAAAUAGAAAAGUUGAUUGCAAAGUUAUGAUGUCUAAUAAUUUAUCCAGAAGAGAUGUUCACGAUAGAAGAAACGAGACCAGGUCUCUACGGAGCAAGCAGCCCAGUCCACCUCGUUUGAGGGGUUCUAGGAGAUAUAAUGACGAAGAUGAAAAGCUAAGCAAGUUGCAGACGUCAAAGAGAACAUCUGAUACGUUACCCAAGUCUAUAUUGAAGGAUCAAAGAGAUUUCCAGAGCGACGACAAUUCAUACUUAACUCCCAGACUGAAGAGGCCGCGGGACCGAAACGUCUCAAAUAAAAAAGAAACGCAAAACAAAAAAGUCAAGAUCCAAGAGAAGCUGCUACCGCAACGCGCGACUCGAACAUCACCGUACGUCAAGAUUAAGUCACCGCCGCCGUCGCACAAGUGUAAUAGUUGUAAGGCUGAGUUCGACAACUACAGGUCGUUGAACAAUCACAAGAGAUCACACUCAUACAAACAUGCAGACACGAAACAAAACAAGAACAAUAGCAAAGGUGUGAAGUGUACGGAUUGCAGGAAAUCCUUCCCUAACAAGAUGCUUUUGAACAUCCACAGGUGUUCUAAACAAGGAGGUGAUUGCAGUAAAUGCAAUAAGCAUUUCUAUUCACAUAAAAGCUUAAUACAACACCAGCGGAGUUGCAGUCAAAGGAGAAAAGAAGUGUACAUUCAACCGAAUAUUCGUCGCAUACUGAAGCCGUUGCAAGUGCGUGUGGCGCGCUGCGAUCCGAUACUAAGGAACGUGUCGGGCGAGCAUUAUGACGUGGCCGGGGUUGAGAAUGAUUUCGGUCUAGACAAGAACUGCCUGUAUCCUUUCAUGUCUAUAGGAGGUACGCGCAUUAAAUUCGAACCGGGCUAUAUGGUUGAUAUAAACGAUGAUAUAAAGAAAGCAUUGGAUGCUGAUAAAUAUGUCCAUUGGGACUCUGAUGAUAGCGAUAGUGAUACAGACCAAACAGAUGCAUCCAGAAAGAGAAUCGACAGCUUAGUCUCGCUAUCAAUAAAGACAAUAUUCUCACAAAGGUUCCUCGGUAAAGUCCCAAAGAAACGCAGAAAGGUUAAAGCUGAGAAGGCAUUCGAUUCGAUAUUGAAUGUAAGUGAUUUUGAUACAGAGUUGAAACGUGGCAUCGAUAAUAUAAUAGAUAGUCUGAAUGAUGAUGAAAGAACCGAUGAAUCCAUAAAUAAAGGUAAAGCUGAUAGAAGUGGUGAUAAUGAUUCGUUGUUUGGUGAUGAUAAUACAACAGCUGUCACUAAUGAUGAUUUUGAUUCUUUAUUUGAUAAUAAUAAAAAUGUAUCGAAAUUAGAUACAGUUAAAAACAGUGAUAAUACGUGCAAUAGUGAUGUAAGUGAAAAUGUUCCAAAAAAAAAUGAUUCUGAUGGAAUAGUUCUAGAAGAUGAAGCAGGUGGAAUUGGAAGAAGUUUAGAAGAAAAUUUAAUUAAUAAUGGAAUUCAAUUAACUGAUGAUUUGAAAUUAAAUAAAAAUGAAAUUAAAAUGAAUACAGAACUUGAAGAAAGCUCAAGUGAUAUGCAUAAAGAUAUUGAAACAGAGGAAGGCAAUAGGGUUGAUAAUUCAAAAGUGAACCAAGAGUUAAAAAGUAAUAUUUUAUUAGAGAAAGAAUAUAUUGAAACAAAAGAUUUAGAAAUAGAGAAGAAAUCGAAUGAAUUAAUAGACAUAGAAAAUAAAUCUGAAUUUAUAUCGCGAACUAUUGAUAGUAAUAUUAAGCUUGUUAAUGAAAGCUCGUUAAGUAUAACAAGUGAAUUAGAUGCAAUAGAAAACACAGAAUCCAGUAAAACUAAUGAUGAUAGCGGAGAUAUUAACAAGAGUAAUAAUAUUACAAAUGUAAUAGAAAACGAACUUAUUGAGAAGCCAUCCAAUACAGAAAUAGUAGAAGCUGAUAAUGUUAGUAAUAGGAAAGAAAAUAGCGAUAAAGUCAAUGAAACUCGGGUUAAUGGUGAUAAGGUGCCAGAGGAAAAGAACACAAUGUCCGACUUAGAAGAUCUGAGUGACUCAGAGAUGGACGACAAUCAUUUAAUGGCCGCUCUCGACGCACAAAUAGGCGAGAACGAGAUGGGAGAUGCGAAAUGUGAUUCGAAAGAUAGUGACAAAAAACCGGACAAAAUAGAUGACAUGGUACCGAGUUCUGUGAGAUCCGCUGAUCUUGAAAGCAUAUCCGAUGAUGACUUUAAUUUAAAUGAGUGAAGUUAUUAGAAUCGUAUAAAUAUUUUGUUUUUUAACAAACAUUCACUUGAGAAGUUCAAUAUUAUAUCAUAUAUUAAGUUUUUUCUAUGAUUAAAAUAUUUUCGUUAACAGAUUUAUAAGAUGAUUUGUUUUAUAUUUUAAAUUUUUCUGUCUUUUUUUUAUGAAGUAGGCAGAUUGGCCACCUGGUGGUAAAUGGUACACCACAAUGGUUUUUUUUUUAUGGGUCACCUAAUGGUAAGUGGUCACCAACGCCCUUAGACAUUGGCUUUGUAAGAAAUGUUGACCAUCGCUUACAUCACCAAUGCGCCACCAACCUUGGGAACUAAGAUGUAAUGUCAGUGGCUCACUCACCCUUCAAACUGGAAUAUAACAAUCGAGCCGAGAUAGCCUGGAUGGUUUGAUGGAUGGUUAGAUCUCGUGAAUCUUAACCGACGAUCGUGGGUUCAAACCCGGGCAAGCACCACAAGAAUUUUCAUGUGUUUAAUUUGUGUUUAUAAUUACUCUCGUGCUUGACGGUGAAGGAAAACAUGGUGAGGAAACCUGCAUGUGUCUAAUUUCAUUGAAAUUCUACCACAUGUGUAUUCUACCAACCCGCAUUGGAGCAGCGUGGUGGAAUAAGCUCCGAACCUCCUCCUCAAAAAGGGAGAGGAUGCCUUAGCCCAGCAGUGGGACAUUCACAGGCUGUUACUAUACUGGGUGGUACCUACCCAGACGAGCUUACACAAAACUCUACCACGAGUAGUAGACACUGGUGCUGUAAGAAAUAUUAACCAUUCCUUACAAAGUCAAUGGGCCACCAACCUUGGGAACUAAGUCUCUUGUGACUGCUGUUACACUGUUCUAUUCAAGUGUUAAGAAUAUCAAGUGUUCUUAUAAUGGUCAAAUUUGACAACACGACGUUCGUUAUCAAAAUUCGAAAAAUACAUUAAUUUGCAUGUUUCGAGUAUAUAUUUUUUAGUGCUCUAGCUCGUCAAAAUACAUAUUAAAAAAAAAACCAAAAUACUGUUAUAUACUGAUACUGUUUUGCCUUUGCCUAAAAUACAUAACAUUUGUAAGAACUUGGUCUCGACUCAGAAAUACAACGAGGUUAAUAUAUCAGAAAUACAACGAGGUUAUAAAUGAGUUAAAUAAAAUCCCGCUCUAAAGAUCAAUCAAAUCGCCCUAUCUGUCAAAGUUUUUGUUGCCAGAUUAAAAAUGUACAUUAUUCUUGUUUAAUAUAAAAAGCGAUAGAUACUCUAAAUUAAUAUUAAAUAUUAAUGGCAGCGUUUACCUGAAAUAAAACGAAUAAGGUAAUUAAAUUAAUAAGCGUUUUAUUUCAGGUAAAACGCUGCUAUUAAAUUGACUGUCCCUUAUUCGAAGCUUUAUUAAAUGAGACAUGUGAUGGUUUAAAGAAUCUUAUUGUAGCAAACGAACAAAAAUAUAUUUGUUCUAACAUUAAAAUGAAAAAGUGUAUUAGUUACAUAAUGCAUAUAAUAAAU